CGCGCUCUCGGGGGCGGGGUGGGGGGGGGGGAGACAGUCCGGGUCCCAGCCCUCCGCGCGGGUGGGCUCGGAGCAGGCCGCACCGGGCAGCAACCCCACUCUCACCCCGGAGGCCCCCUGCCCUUUCUCCCCCUUUCCCCCCGGCCCAUGGUGCGAGGCUGGGAGCCGCCGCCCGGGCCGGACUGCGCUAUCUCUGAAGGGCACAAAUCAGAAAGCACCAUGCCUCCUAAUAAAGAGGCCAGCGGUCUUAAUAGCUCCCCUGCGGGGCUCAUCUGUCUCCCUCCAAUCUCUGAGGAGCUACAACUUGUGUGGACCCAAGCAGCCCAGACCAGUGAGCUGGAUGGCAAUGAACACCUGCUACAAACCUUCAGCUACUUUCCCUAUCCCAGUUUAGCAGACAUUGCCCUUCUCUGCCUACGCUAUGGGCUGCAGAUGGAGAAAGUCAAGACUUGGUUCAUGGCCCAGCGCCUCCGCUGUGGCAUUAGCUGGUCAUCCGAAGAAAUUGAAGAGACUCGAGCCCGAGUAGUCUACCAUCGGGACCAACUCCAUUUCAAAUCCCUUCUAUCUUUUACUCAUCAUGCAGGGCGGCCCCCAGAGGAGGUGCCUCCUUCUCCAAUGCCACCUCCAGAACAAGUUGGUCUUGGAAUAGUUCCUCUGACUCUUAGCGAGCCCACCCAGAUGAAAGGAUUGAAGGUAGAGCCCUCAGAGCCCUCAGAGCCACUGAGUCACCAGAAAGCAAAGGAGCCCCUGAUGGCACCUGGCAGUGGGGCAUUCCCCCACCAAUCACAGUUUUGGCAGGAUCUUCAAAGCAGUGGCCUCUCUAAGGAGCAGGCAGGCAAGGGUCCCGACCAGUCACACGGCCUAGGUACUGCUUCCUGCAACCACUCCACAGCUGUCCACCAGCCCCGUGCUCGGGAUAAGCCCCCACCCGUCUCAUUACCUGCCAGUAGUUGUAAGAAGGAGUCAGCAUCUAAUGUGACUCCUCCUUCCUCUACCUCUUCUUCCUCUUUCCAGAUACUGGCUAAUGGAGCUACUGCCACCUCUAAACCCCUCCAGCCACUGGGCUGUAUCCCACAGCCACUGUCACCCAAUGAACAGGCACUACGCCCACAGCUGGAGCCAGCCUGGCCCCAGGGGCUAAGGCAUAACUCAGCACCCGGUAGGGUUGGCCCUGCAGAGUACCUUUCCCCAGAUAUGCAACGCCAGCGAAAGACCAAGCGCAAAACCAAAGAGCAGCUGGCUAUCCUCAAAUCGUUUUUUUUACAGUGCCAGUGGGCACGGCGUGAGGAUUACCAUAAAUUAGAGCAGAUCACUGGUUUACCUCGGCCUGAGAUUAUUCAGUGGUUUGGUGACACACGCUAUGCCUUGAAGCAUGGGCAACUAAAAUGGUUUCGGGACAAUGCAGUACCUGGUGCCCCUAGUUUCCAGGAUCCAGCAAUUCCCACACCACCACCUUCAACCCGCUCCUUGAAUGAAUGGGCUGAGACACCACCUCUGCCGAUGCCCCCACCCCCACCGGAUAUACGACCCUUGGAGAGGUACUGGGCAACCCACCAACAGCUACGGGAAAGUGAUAUCCCUCAACUGAGUCAGGCAUCAAGGCUUAGCACCCAGCAGGUACUGGAUUGGUUUGACUCUCGAUUACCUGAGCCAGCUGAAGUGGUGGUUUGUCUAGAUGAAGAGGAGGAAGAGGAGGAGGAAGAACUGCCAGAAGAUGAUGAGGAUGAAGAGGAGGAGGAGGAAGAUGACGACGACGAUGAUGAUGAUGUGAUCAUCCAGGACUGAGGGGGCACUGGGGGAGGGGAGGUCUGUUACUAAAAGACGAACCAACUUAGUAACUGUUUAAACAAAGAAACCACAUUUUUUUACUUACCUUGUGGCAAAGAACUGAAAAGCUUUGUGUUUUUGAGGGUGGGGGACAGCGGGAUGUAGUAAGGGUGGACCAGGGAGGAUGAUCAUGGAGGACAAAGCAAGGUGGGGAUUGGAUGGGCAGAAAUCCAGGCCUCCAGCCUCAAUGAGAAGAGUGCUGUGGGUCUGGUCCAAACUAUGGGGCCGGGAAAAGGCUCUUGCUCUCCUCGUAUCUGCUGUUCUUUCCCCUUAGUGUACUACAGAGAGGCCAGGCUUUGGCCUACAUCUAUGGAGGACUAGAAAGGAGGAGUAAAGAUUCCAGUACAUCCCCCAGUCCCACCCCACCAUUUUCCUUGGAAUAUAAGGCUGCCUUGCACCCCUUCUUUUCUCUCUGAGCACAAGUCCACACAUAAUGCAGCCAAGAAUCUCGGUAUGUCCCAGUCAAUCACAAAUAUUUCCUUUUCCUUAUACCAGCUUGACUUUAUAUGUUUUCCUGCUGCUUUAUUGAGUCACACAGGGAGCAGAAUAUUUUCAUUUCUAAUACUGGACCACUAUGCCUUGUACCUUUUUAUCUUUCCAAAACCCCCAUUCUGUUCACUAUUUGUCUCAGGGUAAAUCUUCCCCCCGGAGCUUGUGAAAAAGUUUAAUAAUUGGGUGGAGAAUAAUUUAGACUGGAUAUUUAUUGGAGGUGGGAAUUAGGGGAGAUGUCCUUUAAAAAAAGUAGAAUUAGAUUACAGAGGGGUAGAGAGGAGAGGGAAUGGUUUCUACUGUUCGGAAGGACAGUGCAGGUAGGUUCCAGGUUUGGUUUUACAAACUUGACAGUCCCUCCUGCCUAGCUUGACAGAGACUGAUUUUUUUUUUUCAGAGACUGAUUUUUUUUAUCUUUUUGGUGUUGGUUUAAUGUGUCCAAAAAAGAGACUUUUCCCUCACUUUAUACGAUCUGUCUUGGAGACAGAGGGACCAUGGUCCUUAACUGAAUUAAUUGAUGUUUUAGAAUGGUUUUCAUCAGUUGGGGUCAGAUAUAAAGGUAUCAGUGGGUUAACCAUCUAGAAAUAAAAGAGUGGAAGCCCCAAAUUGCUAGAAUAAUAAUAAAAAGGCCAAAAAUAAAAUUGUUUCUCUCACCUCCGCUUUGCCACUUCUAUGGUUUAGAGAUUAAUGGAGCCAAAUCCAUUAACUUUCUGAUUUAGUAUACUUUUUAUUUAUUUUUGAAGCGGCAGGAUAUACUGAGGUAAAGUAAA